AUCGAUCCACACCACCUCGGCGGCCUGUGCAACAACUCCCGUUAAGAGAAGCGGUGAGCAAAUCACGCCAUCGUGCAAACAACCACCGGCAAUCAUCAUCGCCAUCAGUCAGCAUGCGGUAUCAUCAUCGUCGUCGUGGUCACGGUGUUGGAGGUUGAGGAGGUUUGUGUAGAAACAGCUUCUGCCUCGACUUGCAGUAAUCCCCCCCUCACCCCGAGCUGCGCUUUCCCGCGCAUUUUUUCACGUUCAUUCAUUUCGUUCAACUCGGCUUCCAUCCACCAACAGCUGUGUGUCGACAAGCCCCGACUCUUGCGCAGGUUUGCUCCGUGUGGUGCCUUGCGGCGCCGUCUGCCUGCGCCGCGAUGGGCAUGAAGGAGGCUAGGAGGCUGUUCCCACUGCUCAGCGUGGACAGCGUCGUGCGCCUCUUCGCGCUCGAGCUCGGCUCGGACGAGCCCGACCUCGCGCUCCUCUCCAUCGUGCUGGGCUACGUCGAACACCAGCUCACGGUGGCCGUCGCGGCCCGUGCCACUGCCGCCGCAACAGCAACAGCCGCCGCCCCACCGCCGGGAGAGGCGGUCGAGGAGGAGAGGGGGGAGGAAGAGGCGGGGUGCUCAUUCCCGCCCGUUCCCUGGCAGCCCGUGGAGGCGCUGCGGUGCCGCUUCGUGAGCCACGUGCUCGGCACCGUCGACCUGACGCAGUUCCGGCGUGGCGCGGGUGGCGGCACGGGCCGCGAGCUCGUGAACAAGGUGUCGGACGUGGUGUGGGGCACGCUGCACCGCUCCUACAACAAGGACCGUGCGCACAUCCACUCGCUCUACAGCUACCUCACCGGCUUUGAGAAGCCCGUGAACUUCUCGGGAGCGAAGCUCGAUGCGUUCGGCGUCGCGUUCGCCGUGUCAGCCGCGUGCCAGGCCCUGGGCCUGCGCGACGUUCACCUGGCGCUGUCCGAGGACCACGCGUGGCUCGCGUUCGGCCCCGUCGGCGAGGAGACGGUGGAGGUGACGUGGCACGGCAAGGGAAAUGAGGACAAGCGCGGACAGACGGUGGACGCCGGGGUCGCCGAGAAGAUGUGGCUGUACCUGAACGGGGCGUAUCUGCGGUGCACCAGGAAGAUGGAGGUGGCGUGCAUGGUGGCGGCCAUCAACCCAUCCAUUGACAGCCACACCGACAGCCUGGAGUUGUGCCAGCUGCAGCAGAAACUCCUGUGGCUGCUCUAUGACCUGGGCCACCUGGACAGGUAUCCCAUGGCGCUGGGCACACUCGCCGACCUGGAGGACAUGGAGGCGACGCCAGGCCGACCCGAGCCCCUCGCCCUGUAUCAGCAGGCAAUCGGUACGGCCCAAAAGUUCUACCGGAACCAGCACGUCUACCCGUACCUGUACCUGGCCAGCUUCCACCAGCGCCACCGCCACUUGCGCAGCGCACUGCAGGCCUGGGGCGAGGCAGCAAGCGUGGUGCAGACCUACAAUUAUAACCGGGAGGAUGAAGAAAUAUACAAGGAGUUCUUUGACAUCGCCAACGAUGUGAUCCCGAGCCUGCUCAAGGAGAUGGCGAGCAGCGAGGAGGAGGUGGAGGCAGAGGGUAGCGAGGGCAAGGACGGUGCGGUGGGAGCAGCGGGGAAGGCGACAGGGCUCCACGACCCCUGGGCGUUCGCGCACCUACUCCGCUUCUACGACGGCAUCUGCAAGUGGGAGGAGGGCAGCACGACGCCUGUGCUGCACGUCGGCUGGGCCACCUUCCUCGUGCAGUCCGUGUCGCGCUUCGACAGCAAGGCACGGCAGCUGGUGACUGUGGAGUCUCAGGACCCAGAAUCGGAUUCGGACGAGAGCCAGGAGGAGGCUGGGGCUCGCGAAGAUGGGGUCAGAGCUGCGGGCGGCAAGAAGGGGGCUGCGACGGCCGCGGCGGCUACAGCGUCGACCACGUCAGGGAGGGGCGGCCGUGACGAGGCAGCGGCAAGCCGCCGUGUGUCGCGCCAGAACUCUGGUGACGCAGCGCCGCCGGCUCCCUCGGAAGACGGCGAUCGGGCAGCGACGUGCCACCAGCAGCUUCCCCCGCCCGUCCCCACGGCGACCGGCAACCCAGGCCUUGCCCUGCUCAGCGAGAAGAUGAAGGGUAUGAAGGAGCUGUUUGUGAGCGCCAAGCUCAACACGAGCGCCAUCAAGCUGCAACUGACGGCGCAGUCGCAGGUGCAGAUGGGCAAGCGCGCCAAGCCGGCCGGGGGCGGCGGCGCAGGUGACUACGCCAGCCCAGCUGCCGGCAAGAGGCAGCGCAAGUUAGUCAGCUGAGCCACGUGCGGGGCGCGAGGCUGCAUGGUUUGGCUGUCGGGUGGUGGAGGGUCUUUCCACAUACAUUUGGACAGAUAAUGACGUCGCCUCAUCCAAAAAUCAAUAAUGAAUCAACAUAUUGGUUGUGAAAAUCUACGUUUUAAUUGGUCAUAUAUGACUAUAUCUCAAGGCAAGGUGGAUCUGAGACUAUCACCAGCCUUAGUUUUAGUAAAUUAGACGUCCACCGCAGCAGAAAACCUAAUAGCCUCCACAGCAUAGUCGGUCAGCAGAGCUCUUCAUUCUAAUAUCUUUAAGAGCUAAAUAAGUUUCAGCAAAGAAUGUGUAGUUUUGCUAUUCUUCCAUUGAAGGAGUGCAGACGACAAUGGUUUACUAUAUGGUCCACUGGGCAAGGUUGCAUGGCAGUUCGGAAACCUUGGGAUUAGUGGUUGCCACGGACCACUGGUGGGUCCGCAAGACCUUUGGAAGUAUUCCCUGGCACGUUUGUAGAUAGGAUUUUUUUCACAAACCCGUAUUUUUCACUGCAUUGGUGGGCCGUGAAAUGUGUGAGGGUAAACAAAGUUAUGUGAGCUCAGAAAGGGCCAAUAAAGUUUGGGAACCGAUAUAUGUUGUUACUGAGUACUGGUCACUCAGCAGUGCGUCAAAUUUAUUUUGCAAUGUAGCAUACACGUUUGUGCGUUUUUAUAAGAUUGUAUAGUACUAAACGUAUGUGUUAUUGUGUGUGUAUAUAUUAAAUAUAUAAGCUCGAGUAA